GGACUCUGGUAAGUCAACAGCUAGUUUAUCCUAAGAGUUGAGGUGUUUUCUCAGAGCCCUACUUCAGUGGGGUGCUGCUGCUGCAGACUGUUAACAUGGGGAGUGAAUUCAGCAAGAAGGCCAGCUGUUGUAUGACUUGUGGGAAGUACAAGAAACAGAAGGCUGAAGAAGCAAUCAAUGAGACAAGUGAGACUCAGCCUAUUAUACAGGCCUCUGAGGAAGCCCCUGCAUGGAUGGACCACCAGCCUCCUGCAAAGACUAAGGAAGCAUCUGAGCGACAUGCUAGUGAGGCCCAGCCAACACCACCAGACAAACUGCUACCCGUUGAGACUGUAGAAGAGGCUGGAGAGGCUCAGCCAGCUGAAGAUGCUGAACAAGUGAUAAUUGCAGAGGCCACAGAAGGACUUAUGGAGGCCCUGCUUGCUGCUGUAGAGACCACAGCUGCACCUGAAACAGCCCCCAAGCAAGAGAUGGGAGAGGCAGAAGCUACUCCACAAGCCAAAGAGGCCUUGCAGGGUGCUGAGGCCUGGCCUGCUUCAGGCAUUACUCAAGCUGUCGAGGCUGUAGCAGAGAGCAGAGUGCCUGAUGCUCAGCACCAACCAAGGGUGGUGCAACUUCAGCUUCCCCAAGAGAACAAGCCCCAAAACUCAGCACGGGCCACAGAACAGCCUGCAGCUGCACAGGGCCUUGAGGCACCACCUGAUGCAGAAAUAGCCUUGGGGAAGAACAAGCCUCCCUUGGCUGAAGACCACAGUGAGAAGUAUGCUGCAGUGACUCGUGUGCAAGGAACAGGUGGGUCUGAGGCUGCUGUGGUGACUCUUCAACCCCCUGUAAAGAACUGGUUUGCCCACACCAUAGAGAAGACCAGAUCGCAAUCUGUUCUACAAGUGGCACAAGAGCCUACAGAGGCAACAUCUGUUUCACAGGCCAUGGAAGUGACCCCCAAGAGCAUCACUGAAACACAGUUCACUCUGCAGCUCUCUAAUGAGGUCUCCCCAGUAAAUGUCGCCCCCAGCAUGAAUGCACUAGAACCUGUGAACAAACUAAAUGAUCUAGCCAGGCAAGAGACCCAAAGUGGUGAACAGCUUGCACAAAAGGCCGAACAGCAGCAUGCUGCAGAGCCGUUGGAAAUAAAGGUUGACUGUCAGGAGAGCAGAGCAGAUGACGGAGUCCUGGCUCUUGUCCCAGCAGGAGCUGAGGCAAGAGAGGGGUCCUUGGAUGCUUCUGAUGAAGGCCAGGCACCUGCAACUGCUAAUCCAGAGCAGCAACAGCAGGAUAUGGACCAACCAGUCCAUCUUCCAGAAGAGGUCUUGCCUUCCACUGCUACUACUUGCCUGUCUAGAAGAGGGGAAACAAAGUCUGCACAUCUGGAAACCUUAGUGCCUCAAGCAUUUGAGAACCAAGGGGAAGGAGAGGCAGAAAAGACCCUCGAGCGUCGGGGGGAAAUGGCUCCAGGUUUGGAUUGCAGACCUUAUAGCAUUAAACCUGCACCUGCUUCUGGAGCACCCUGCCCACCUAAAUAAUGCUGUCCCUCUAUUCAUGGAAAGUAUGUGGACUCAUUCGGGUUUGUUUACAAGUCCAUCAGACUUACUGGACCCCUAGUGUCGGAGUAUACAUGUACAGUGAAUUGUUUGUAGCUGUAGUUCAGUCUGGUGUCCCAAUUCUGCCAUGAGAUAGUGACUUAUAAGAAUGCAUGAUGUAUCUUCCUCCUAACAAGUAUAUUUAAAGAUGGGGGUGACUUGUGUAGUACUCAUAAAUGUAUGCGUAGCAUGUUCUCAUUCCUCUCAUGGAAUGGGGAAUAGUAGUUUCUUGCAAGACGCACAACCAAAUGAAACCAAGUUUGAGACUUGUUCAGUAUAAUGAAUGAAUUUUCCCUUAACCCAAUGCUGUCAGAGAGAGAGAGAGAGAGAUUUUUUUACAGUGCUAAUCAGUUUCUCUUCCUGCUGCUCGAGCAGACAAAUGUCUUGUUAAAAAUCUCUAAGUAACUCGAGCGUAGCUACUGAUCACUGUGUGCGUGGCCAUGUUUUCAGUGUUGGGCAGAUGUACUCGCAUGUGCUCCUCUAGUUUACAGAUAUUGAAUUUCAGUGCAUCCAUUGUAUGUAUCUCUUUUUAAUGGUGCAAAAGUUUAAUGUUGUCUUUAUAUUUCUAUUGUACGUCUCUGCUGGAAUAUGGGUUAGUGUAUUGCAGCCUGAAUUCUCAACUGACUUUUUUUUUUUAA